AUGUGCACGAUAGCCCACCGUACUGCGUAUUUCUCGCACAAGCUGCUUCAUAAUGACAUCAAUCCGCGUUCCGUCUGUCUGCACGUGAAUGAUCCAAGUGAUGAGAGUGUCAUACCGUUUUGGAAUGCGGAUGGAACGCCUCCCAUACGCCAAGCGAUGCUCUGCGGCUGGAGAUUCGCAAAACACAUGGACCCUGAACACAAGAAGACCAGUAUAGAUUCUCGCCAAAAACGCACGGUACUACCUAGCUGCGUACCCAACUGGCUGCAGCCAGAUUGCCUGCCUUCCCAUCGCCUAGACAUAUCUCAGGAGAGAUUCCAGGUGGAGGACUGGUCUUCCACCUGCAGUGCGUGCUUUUCAGAUUACUUCAACCAUCCGCCUAUUGUGAAUGGUCUUGCAAAUCUCGCCUCAAAGCUAUCGCCUCCGGGCUCCUUGAAAAUUAAACCCAAUGGUAGCAAGUCUGCCACUUUCCCGGAAAAUCCUGUCACACACGAUGACAUGAUCUUAGUGCUGAAAGAUAUCGUAGCAGAGCUCCCAGUAGAACAACCACCGUCGGAAGAUGAUGUCUGA